CGAGUAUCUCUGUGCUGUCUCUGUGCUGAAUUCUACCGUGUUGUGCUGGAUUGUGCGGUGCUUCUUCGGUGCCGCGGUGUUUUGCUAGUGGCGAGUGCUUUGCUGUGCCUCCUUCGUCAUCGUUGAAACCAUCUACUCGUAGUUAAGCUGCUUGAAUGUUCGCCGCCACCACCACCCUACCACUCAUUCCGCCGUCCCAUACAGAAAAUAUACAAUACACAAGCUUGACCACCCAUCAUGUCUCGCGUCGCCCACUUCUAAAAUUUGUUUCUGUACCUGCGCCUUCGUGCGCCCGCGCGCUGCCACUUUCCAAAGCUCCUGUCUCAUCCUGCCCAGCUUUCGCCUCCGCCUAUAGCCAACCACCACCACCAUUCCUUCUCCCCCCAGAAACCUUUGUGCGACAUGCGCCUCUUCCUUUUGCCCAUCUCCACGCGCCGCACGCUGAUCUAUUGUGAGAAGCUGCACGAGAAGGCCGCCAGCGAACGUUCGCUCCUCGACAAAGCUACCUUCAAAGCCAAUGACCUGUGGGUGAACUGGGAAAAGGAUGAGAAGUCCCCAUUGGGUUGGAAGAAGAAGGUCACCACCUACGGCAACCAGCUCUUGAAGAGGAUACCGUAUGAAGAAUGGGGACUCAAGACCAUCCCAGCACUUACCGCAAAGCGGAAGAAGGCAAUUGAGGAUGGGAAAGAGAAAUACCAGGUCAUGUUCCCGGGACUCUACCUCCACCAGAACAAGGUGCCCGAGAUCUUGAAGAAGAUGGCUUCGGAGCGCGUAGCGAUGCAUAGAAACAAAUUGGUGUGGAGCGUUGUGGCCAUGCCGUUCACGGCGCCCUUCAUGCUGAUACCUGUAAUCCCCAAUCUCCCGUUCUUCUAUCUAGUUUAUAGAGCAUACUCUCAUUGGAAAGCAUUGACGGGCUCGAAACAUCUCGACUUCAUCCUCCAACAUAACCUUCCCACUCCCCACCCUUCCUGGGAGCUCGACGAAGUCUACACCGCUGGCUUGAUGUAUCCCACGCGCGCAAUCUCUCGUGCUGCGCCACGACCGACCAAAGAGCAAGCACAGGAGGUGGCUCGAGUAGUUGAACAGCAGACGAACGGCGGCGACGAGGACGUCAUGGUGUUGCAAAAGUGGAACGGCAAGCUCAUCGCCGAACAAUUCCACCUUCCCGACAUGGAAGUCGAAAUUGAACGAGCCGUGGAACAGGUAGAGGAUUCGAUAAAGGCCAGAGACGAGCUCAUUGAGGAGAAGUUGGAGCUGGAGAAGGCCACCGCGAAAGAAGGCCGUACCGCCAAGGACGAAUUACCAGAUGAAGUUCUCAAGCCCCUGGAGCAAACCGAGAAAGAAAUCCACAAAAAAGCCGAGAAGGUCGCCGAGAAGCAAUGAUUGAUGUAAGGAUGCCAUUGUCAGGCAUAUAUCACAACAGGAUCUACGUACGCCACACGCCUUGUAUUAUGUGUAUGAUAAUCGAUGUAUGAAAAAGCAUGGGGUUUGGGCGCUGGGCGGAUGGUGGGAGGAUAUAGUGUUCACUUUUCAUACGCACAUAGAUACCAUUUCGCAUGGGUUGACGGACUCUUCUCUCCUAGGACUUAGCAGUGAGUGAAGACUCCACCAUUCGGUGCUCUGUAUGCCUUUACCCAAUGAACAAGAGAUACUAGAGAUAUCGUAGGAUUCGUUAUUGCGUCCUUUACUUCGAAUUCUUCUUUACAUGCUAUUGUAGCCUCCAUCAACAGGAAGACCUAUUCCAGUCACC